UCCUCCACGACCGCACUGACUGCAACCUGCCAAUGAGAGAGAGAGCGAGAGAGGAGAGACAGAAAGAGGAGAGAAAGCGAGAGAAGCGUAGGUUUCCAUUCCUGUCAAGCUUCCAUCAUUUUUUUCUCCUACACCUAUGAGUCCCUACACAUUUUCAGGUGGAUAGGGUGAAUUUCCAGAGUUUUUCAAACGCCGCUCCCCCUUGUUUCACCUGCGCAGUGGAUGGUUUUUGUUCGGCGGCAGCAGCAGACGCCCGAGCUUGUAGAGCAGGUGUGAGGGACAGCGGCGACCGCUCCUCUCCUCCCUGUUUCCGAGGGGAAAUGUCGAGCGAGAAGCCGGUUUCAGUACCACCGGGCUCUGCUUCUUCGCUCACGGACACGGACCGAGAGUCCCAUCCUCCGGCGGGCUCCUCCACGCAGCAGCCGCCGCCACCGCAGCAGCAGGUCGCCGCGGGCUCUGGCUCCGGCACCACCGGGGAAAGGAUGGUGUCUGCAGCCGGCUCUAUGGUCCUCCCGGCUGGGGUGAUCAACCCCGCUGUUCCGAUAAGGAAUAUCCAGAUGAAAUUUGCCGUGCUGGUGGGCCUGAUCCAGGUCGGGGAGGUUAGCAACAGGGACAUCGUGGAGACGGUGCUGAACCUGCUGGUGGGCGGCGAGUUUGACCUGGAGAUGAACUUCAUCAUCCAGGAGGCAGAGAGCAUCGGCUGCAUGGUGGAGCUGCUUUCCCACUGCGAGGUGACGUGCCAGGCGGAGAUCUGGAGCAUGUUCACAGCCAUACUCCGCAAGAGUGUGCGCAACCUGCAGACCAGCACCGAGGUUGGCCUCAUCCAGCAGGUGUUGCUGAAGAUGAGCACUGUGGACGACAUGAUUGCAGACCUUCUGGUGGACAUGCUGGGAGUCAUGGCCAGCUACAGCAUCACAGUCAAGGAGUUGAAGCUGCUCUUUAGUAUGCUGAGGGGCGAAAACGGCAUCUGGCCAAGACACGCUAUCAAGCUGUUGUCAGUGUUGAACCAGAUGCCACAGAGACACGGCCCGGACACCUUUUUCAACUUUCCAGGCCGGAGUGCAGCGGCUAUAGCUUUACCACCAAUUGCCAAAUGGCCAUACCAGAACGGAUUCACUAUCAACACUUGGUUCAGGCAGGAUCCACUCAACAACAUCAAUGUGGAUAAAGACAAGCCGUACCUCUACUGUUUUCGCACCAGUAAAGGAAUCGGUUACUCCGCGCACUUUGUGGGAAACUGCCUCAUUGUGACAUCGUUGAAGUCGAAAGGAAAAGGCUUUCAGCACUGCGUGAAAUAUGAUUUCCAGCCCCGCAAGUGGUAUAUGAUCAGCAUCGUCCACAUCUACAACCGCUGGAGGAACUCCGAGAUCCGUUGCUAUGUGAACGGUCAGCUGGUCUCCUAUGGUGAUAUGGCCUGGCACGUCAACACCAACGAUAGUUACGACAAGUGUUUCCUGGGUUCAUCAGAGACAGCAGAUGCUAACAGGGUGUUCUGCGGUCAGCUGGGGGCCAUUUACGUUUUCAGUGAAGCUCUCAACCCAGCUCAGAUUUUUGCUAUUCACCAGCUCGGCCCAGGAUACAAGAGCACUUUCAAGUUCAAGUCCGAGAGCGACAUCCACUUGGCUGAGCACCACAAGCAGGUGUUGUAUGACGGAAAGCUGGCCAGCUCCAUCUCUUUCACCUACAACGCCAAGGCAACGGAUGCCCAGCUCUGCCUGGAGUCGUCGCCCAGGGAAAACCCUUCCAUCUUUGUCCACUCACCGCACGCACUCAUGCUACAGGAUGUGAAGGCUAUUGUUACCCACUCCAUCCACAGUGCCAUUCACUCUAUAGGAGGCAUACAGGUCCUGUUCCCUCUCUUUGCACAGCUGGACUACAAGCAGCUCAAUGACAGCAGCGUGGACACCACUGUCUGUGCUACUCUGCUGGCAUUCCUGGUGGAGCUGCUGAAAAGCUCAGUGGCCAUGCAGGAGCAAAUGCUGGGCGGUAAAGGCUUUCUGGUGAUCGGAUACCUGCUCGAGAAGUCUUCACGGGUCCACAUCACCAGGGCAGUGCUUGAGCAGUUCCUGUCCUUUGCCAAGUAUCUGGAUGGUUUACCUCAUGGAGCGCCACUCCUCAAACAGCUCUGUGACCAUGUCCUCUUCAACGCUGCCAUCUGGAUACACACCCCCGCCAAGGUCCAGCUGUCCCUGUACACAUACCUGUCAUCGGAGUUCAUCGGCACUGCCACCAUCUACACCACCAUUCGCCGCAUCGGCACCGUCCUGCAGCUGAUGCACACUCUGAAGUACUACUACUGGGCAAUCAACCCCCUGGAGUGCAGUGGAAUCACCCCCAAAGGUCUUGAUGGACCACGACCGUCCCAAAAGGAGAUCAUCUCACUCAGAGCCUUCAUGCUCCUCUUCCUCAAACAACUCAUACUCAAGGACCGGGGCGUGAAGGAGGACGAGCUGCAGAGCAUUCUCAACUAUCUACUGACCAUGCAUGAGGAUGAGAAUAUUCACGACGUGCUCCAGCUGUUAGUGGCCCUUAUGUCUGAACACCCGGCGUCCAUGAUCCCCGCAUUUGACCAGAGAAACGGCAUAAGGGUAAUCUGCAAGCUCCUGGCCUCUAAGAGUGAGAGUAUCCGGGUCCAGGCACUCAAAGUUCUGGGCUACUUCCUCAAGCACCUUGGUCACAAGAGAAAGGUUGAGAUCAUGCACACACACAGCCUAUUCACGCUGCUGGGAGAGAGGCUGAUGAUGCACACCAACACCGUCUCUAUCACCACCUACAAUACUCUGUACGAGAUUCUGACUGAGCAGGUCUGCACUCAGGUUGUUCACAAACCACACCCAGACCCCGACUCCACUGUCAAGAUCCAGAAUCCCAUGAUUCUGAAAGUGGUGGCCACCUUGCUGAAGAACUCCAGUCCCAGUGUGGAGCUGAUGGAAGUCAGGAGACUUUUUCUUUCUGACAUGAUAAAACUCUUCAGUAACAGCCGCGAGAAUCGCCGCUGCUUGCUGCAGUGCUCCGUGUGGCAGGACUGGAUGUUCUCCCUCGGAUACAUCAACCCCAAGAACCCAGAAGAGCAGAAAAUAACCGAGAUGGUGUACAACAUAUUUAGGAUCCUUCUCUACCAUGCCAUCAAAUACGAAUGGGGAGGAUGGAGGGUCUGGGUGGACACCCUUUCAAUAGCACACUCCAAGGUGACCUAUGAAGCCCAUAAGGAGUAUUUGGCGAAGAUGUAUGAGGAGUACCAGCGACAGGAGGAGGAAAACAUGAAGAAGGGAAAGAAAGGCUCAGUUUCCACCAUCUCCGGCCUCUCUGCCACACCUGCGCCUGUCGUCAAUGGCAACUUGGAGAUCGAUGACAACUCCCAGACGCAGACACCUGAGAGUGAGGCGGAGUACAGCGAGGGGGCCGGCGCAGACUCACGCAACCUCCUCGCAGAAGGCGCGGUGAAGAGACCUAACGGAGAAGCACUUACACCUGGGGAGCAAAGUGCAGGUCCAGGCGUGAGAGUGGAGGUCCAUGACCUUCUGGUAGACAUUAAAGCAGAGAAAGUAGAAGCCACGGAAGUAAAGCUGGAUGACCUGGACCUCUCUCCUGAAGGUCUUGGUGGAAGUGUAGGUGGAGGAGGUGGGGGAGGAAUGGAAAAUGGACCUCUGGUUGAGGUAGAUUCUCUCUUGGACAGUGCUUAUUGCAGUGUGGUUCAGAACCUAAAUGGGAAUCUGGCGCCUAAAGAUGACACAUCUGGUUCGGGGGUUGGAAUGGGGACAAACCUCGGGCUUUCAGGAGUCAGCCUGGAUGAUGAUGGGAACAUGGGUCCCCUCAUCACAUUGGCGGAUGAGAAAGACAGUGUCCCGAGCAACAACGGAUUUCUCUUCAGUAAGGUUGAUGAGAAGUUGCUUCCAGCUUUGGCAGCCACAGACCCCCUUGUACUGCCCAGUCCAGAUCAGCCCACUCCAUCCGGCCCAGCCCCAGCUCACUCCACCACCAGCGCUAGUGAUGACCUCAGCCUGCUGGCCCACAUGACCAGCUGCGGCUCUGAUUUAACACAAACCCAAAGCCACACUACCGGGGAACUUCCAGAGGAUGGGCCCUUCAAAAUCCAAAGCCCUCUUGCUGACAUCAGCUCAAUUGCUGAGGCUGAGAGCCAGACCCAGGGAACCUCUAGACCAGAUUUCCCAGAGGGAGAGGGCACAGACGGUGCAGACGGAGAGACUGCAGGGCUUAAGACUGGAGGAGAUACAGCCAGCACCACCUCUGACACAGAGAGGUCAGAUGAUGGGAAAGACAAGGACACAAAGAAGAUCCAAACUACUGCAACCACUCAGGCCCUCCACGGUCGCACUGCAGCCCAGUUGGAGAGGGACCUACGCGUUGAUUUGGGUUUCAGGGGUAUGCCCAUGACGGAGGAGCAGCGGCGUCAGUUCAGCCCAGGCCCGCGUACGACCAUGUUCCGAAUCCCAGAAUUCAAAUGGUCUCCAAUGCACCAGAGGUUGCUCACUGACCUGCUGUUUGCCCUGGAGACAGAUGUGCAUGUGUGGAGGAGCCACUCCACGAAGUCGGUGAUGGACUUUGUGAACAGCAAUGAAAACAUCAUCUUCGUCCACAACACGAUCCACCUCAUUUCUCAGAUGGUGGACAACAUCAUCAUUGCCUGUGGAGGCAUUCUGCCUCUCCUGUCUGCUGCCACCUCCCCUUCCAAUUCUAAGAGUAGUGCCAACACUACGGAGUUGGAGAACAUCGAGGCGACGCAGGGGAUGUCUUCAGAGACGGCCGUCACUUUCCUCUCUCGUCUCAUGGCCAUGGUGGACGUGCUGGUGUUUGCCAGCUCCCUCAACUUCAGUGAGAUUGAAGCGGAGAAGAACAUGUCGUCAGGAGGACUGAUGAGGCAGUGCCUCCGCCUCGUAUGUUGUGUGGCGGUUAGGAACUGCCUGGAGUGCAGGCAGAGACAGAGAGAUCGGAGUUGCAAGUCCUCCUUAACCAGCAGCAAGUCACAGGACAGCCUCCACAGUGCCUCCACCGCCAGCAAGCAGGAUCCAGACAGACUUCUCCAGGAUGUAGACAUUAAUCGUCUCCGAGCUGUGGUUUUCAGAGAUGUGGAUGACAGUAAGCAGGCUCAGUUUCUGGCGCUGGCAGUUGUUUACUUUAUCUCAGUUCUCAUGGUUUCGAAGUACCGGGACAUUUUGGAACCCCAGCGAGAGAUUGGCAGAUCUACCAGCUUAUCCGGGAGAAGCAUCCGCCACGAGAUUAACUCUCCAACCAGUACAGAACAUCCAUCCACAGCCUUCCCCGACCGCGACAAACAGACCCCCACCCCUGUGGAUGACUCCCCUCGUGCCGGCCUUCCACACACAGACUCGGGCAUUGGAGAAGAGGGCCAUGUGAGCGGAUCGCUAAACGGUUCGGAGAUGGGUCUUGGACUCGGGCUGGGCCUGGUGGGGAGAGAGACGGAUAAAGAUAGAGAUAGAGACAGAGACAUCGGAGGAGGAAGUGGGGGAGGAGGCACAGAUCUGUUAUGCAGUCUGUCAUCUGAUGUUAGAAGGUCACAGGAGAGCCUUUUGGAUUCUCCCCAUAACCCCGGCUCCACCCCCAACGCUAGUCAAGCCCCGCCUUCGUCCAUCUCCAGCAUCAGUCAAACAAACAAAGGCAUCAAUGUCAAGGAAAUCCUGAAGAGCCUGGUGGCAGCUCCCGUUGAUGGAGGGGACUUGGGACAGGAGUCUGGGCCAACUCCCUAUCACCCAGACCCUGCCUUGAAGACGCACCCCAUGCUGCCCAUGCAGUUCCACUCCUUCGACAGGAGUGUCGUGGUUCCAGUCAAAAAGCCUCCACCCGGCAGCCUGUCAGUCAACACUGUGGGCACGCCCACCACUAGCGGAGGAGCCUCAGCUGGCAGCACACCCAACAUUUUUGCUGCUGCAACAGCAACACCCAAGAGCAUGAUCAACACUACAGGUGCCGCAGAUUCGGCCUCCUCAUCCUCAUCUUCCUCUUCAUCUUUUGUCAAUGGUGCAACUAGUAAGAAUCUGCCAGCGGUGCAGACAGUGGCACCAAUGCCAGAAGACACCAUGGAGAAUAUGAGUGCCUAUUGUGAGGUGGCGCAGUGUGCGCUGCGCAGCGGUCAGACGCCCCCUGAGCUCAAGUCUUUUAGCUCUCUGGCUGGCUUCCAGGCAGCCCCCCGAGAUGCAGGACAGUGUUUUAGUAUCACCACAAAGCUGGAGCGCGCUUUGGAGAAGGUGGCCCCUUUGCUCAGGGAGAUAUUUGUGGACUUUGCUCCGUUCCUGUCCAGGACGCUGCUGGGUAGCCAUGGGCAGGAGCUGCUCAUAGAAGGUACAGGUCUGGUCUGUAUGAAGUCUAGCACGUCUGUGGUGGAGCUCGUAAUGCUGCUCUGUUCUCAGGAGUGGCAGAACUCAAUUCAGAAGAAUGCUGGACUCGCUUUCAUUGAGCUUAUCAAUGAGGGAAGACUCCUGUGCCAUGCCAUGAAGGAUCAUAUUGUGCGCGUUGCGAAUGAAGCAGAGUUCAUCCUGAACAGACAGAGGGCUGAGGAUGUACACAAACAUGCUGAAUUUGAGUCUAACUGUGCGCAGUACGCUGCAGACCGAAGGGAGGAGGAGAAAAUGUGUGAUCACCUCAUCAGCGCCGCUAAGCACAGAGAUCAUGUGACUGCUAACCAGCUGAAACAGAAGAUCCUCAACAUCCUGACCAAUAAGCACGGAGCAUGGGGAACAAUGUCACAGAGCCAAUUACACGACUUCUGGCGUCUAGACUACUGGGAGGACGACCUCAGGAGGAGGCGGAGAUUCGUGCGAAAUGCCUUUGGAUCUACUCACGCCGACAUGCCGCUCAAAGCUCUCGAUGAGUACAGUACAGAAGACGAGGAGAAGGGACUCAAAAAAAAGAAUUUCCGGAGUCAGUCGGUGGUCACCCAAAACCCGGAGGCAGAGCUCAUGCUGGAGGGAGACGAUGACGCUGUUAGUCUGCUGCAGGAAAAAGAGAUCGAUAACCUCGCUGUACGUUUUCGUCCGAGACUUUUUAUCUCCAAAGGUCCGGUGGUUCUGAGUACUCCAGCUCAGUUGGUAGCACCAGUGGUGGUGGCUCGAGGCACUCUGUCCAUCACUACUACUGAGAUCUACUUUGAGGUAGAUGAAGAAGAUACUGCGUUUAAGAAGAUGGACCCUAAAGUGCUUGCCUACUCGGAGGGUUUGCAUGGCAAAUGGAUGUUCAGUGAGAUCCGAGCUGUGUUCUCCAGACGAUACCUGCUACAGAACACUGGACUAGAAGUCUUCAUGGCCAACAGAACAUCUGUGAUGUUUAACUUCCCCGACCAGGCCACCGUUAAACGGGUUGUCUACAGUCUCCCGCGGGUCGGUGUAGGAACGAGUUAUGGUCUGCCACAGGCCAGGCGGAUUUCCUUGGCCACUCCUCGCCAGCUGUUCAAGUCAUCCAACAUGACGCAGCGCUGGCAGCGGAGAGAGAUCUCUAACUUUGAGUACCUCAUGUUCCUCAACACUAUUGCAGGGAGGACCUAUAAUGAUUUGAACCAGUACCCUGUCUUUCCUUGGGUCUUGACCAACUAUGAUUCAGAGGAGCUCGAUCUCACACUACCGGGCAACUUCAGAGACCUUUCCAAGCCAAUCGGUGCCCUGAAUCCCAAACGAGCAGCAUUUUAUGCUGAGCGCUACGAGACAUGGGAUGACGACAGCGCACCUCCUCACCACUACACAACCUUAUACUCCACAGCUCAUUCAACACUGAUGUGGAUGCUCAGAAUAGAGCCCUUUACCACAUUUUUCCUCAGCGCUAAUGAUGGUAAGUUCGACCAUCCAGAGAGAGCCUUUUCUGGCAUCGGUCGCUCGUGGAGGAACUGCCAGAGGGACACGGCUGAUGUGAAGGAGCUGAUCCCAGAGUUCUACUACUUGCCCGAGAUGUUCGUCAACAGUAAUGAAUAUGAGCUCGGGAUGCGCGAAGAUGCAGUUCCUGUAAGUGAUGUGGAGCUUCCCGUCUGGGCCAAGAAACCCGAGGAUUUUGUUCGCAUUAACCGCAUGGCAUUGGAGAGCGAGUUCGUGUCGUGCCAGCUUCACCAGUGGAUUGAUCUAAUAUUUGGCUACAAGCAGCGAGGGCCAGAAGCGGUGCGAGCUCUCAAUGUGUUCAACUUCUUAUCCUACGAGGGAGCAGUCAACCUAGACAAUCUAGAUGCUGUACAGCGUGAGCUGAUUGAGGCCCAGAUUCAGCUUAGUGGUCAGGUGCCCUCCCAGCUGCUGAUCGAGCCACACCCACCUCGGUCCUCCGCCAUGCACCUGUGUUUCCUUCCCCAGAGCCCUCUGAUGUUUAAGGAUCAGAUGCAGCAGGAUGUCAUCAUGGUGCUCAAGUUUCCCUCCAACUCUCCCGUGACACACGUCGCGGCCAACACGCUCCCCCACCUCAGCAUACCAGCAGCCGUGACGGUCACAUGUAGCCGGCUGUUCGCCGUAAACCGCUGGCACAACACUGUCGGCCUCCGUGGAGCUCCAGGAUACUCCCUAGAACAAGCUCAUCAUCUGCCCAUUGAGAUGGACCCUCUCAUUGCAAACAACUCAGGCGUGAACAAGCGUCAGAUCACUGACCUGGUGGACCAGAGCAUCCAAAUUAACACACACUGUUUUGUGGUUACUGCUGAUAACCGUUACAUCCUCGUCUGCGGCUUCUGGGACAAGAGCUUCCGUGUUUACUCCACAGAAACUGGAAAGCUGACCCAGAUAGUUUUUGGCCACUGGGAUGUGGUGACGUGUCUGGCUAGGUCAGAGUCUUACAUUGGAGGAGACUGCUACAUCGUGUCAGGAUCCAGAGAUGCCACUCUUCUUCUGUGGUACUGGAGUGGGCGGCACCAUAUUAUAGGGGACAACCCUAACAACAGUGACUAUCCUGCUCCCAGAGCAGUACUGACAGGACAUGACCACGAGGUGGUGUGUGUGUCCGUCUGCGCGGAGCUGGGAUUGGUUAUUAGUGGAGCCAAAGAGGGCCCGUGCCUCGUCCACACUAUCACAGGGGACCUGCUCAGAGCCCUGGAGGGUCCAGAGCUGUGCCAGCAGCCACGCCUCAUCUCGGUGUCUAGCGAGGGACACUGCAUCAUCUACUAUGAGAGAGGCCGCUUCUGCAACUUCAGCAUAAAUGGAAAACUGCUGGCACAAAUGGAGGUCAACGAUUCGACACGGGCAAUCCUGCUAAGUAGUGACGGGCAGAAUUUGGUGACAGGAGGCGAUAAUGGAGUUGUUGAGGUGUGGCAGGCGUGUGACUUCAAACAGCUUUACAUCUAUCCGGGCUGUGAUGCCGGAAUCCGUGCCAUGGACCUAUCACACGACCAGAGGACUUUGAUCACUGGCAUGGCGUCUGGCAGCAUUGUGGCAUUCAACAUAGACUUCAACCGCUGGCACUACGAACACCAGAACAGGUACUGAGGACAGUGCGAGGAAGAGGACGAUGGAGGGAGGCGAGGAGGUGAUGCAUUCUGCUGUGUAUCUGCAGCACAGGGGAAACUACAGGUUCAGAGACGAUGGAAAAACAAGUACCGGACCUUAGGCUGUAUUCCCUUGUGAAGUUCACUUGAUUUUAGGAUGCGACGGCGCUGGUGGAAACUGCUUCCUCUGUGCAUACGUGUAUGUACGCGCACACACACGUGUGUAACCACAGACACUUAAUACCCAGAAGAUACACACCAAAACCUGCUAAUAGAAUAAGAAGACUGCAGAGUGGGGAGGGGGAGGCAAGGUGAGCAGAUAUUGUAGAGGUCUUUCAUACCUGUACCACUCACAGGACUGGUACAUUUGCUGUUCCUCAAAGAAAUCCUAGGUUUUCUUUUCUUUUCUUUUGGCUAUGUUUAACAUUUUGUUCUUUACUUUUCAUUUGAGGAGAUGCCAGCACAUCGCUUAUUGGGUGGAUAAUUAAUGAAAUAUGUAUCUAAACUGAUAAGAAAUGGUCAGAAAUGAACUAGCUCUACCCAUUGUUCAAAAACAGGUGCUAUUGGCUUGAUCUUAAAUUCACCCUUGAAAAAUUGCUGGAAGGUCUAAUUUUUUAAAAUUGUUUAAUCUUGUUUAAUUUCACCUGUUUUAUUCUUUUCUUUUCUUUUUUUGAAUAUUCAUUUAGGUUUUUUUUGUUCUUUACCCUCAGCAGGCUUAAAUCAGAUUUUUAUGUAAAUAAGGCUCUGCUUCCUUCAGAGUCUACACUUCUACUUUCACUACACGAACUGCGCUUAUCACCUUUAAUUUAUUAAUGACUUGCUGUAUGUAAAAUACUGUGUAAUAAUUAUUAUAAUGUUGACAAGGCUGAUGGUAAUAACGGUGGUAAAUGUUUUGCCAGGGAAGGUAAUGAUAAAGAGGUCUUACCAGUGCCACCAAGGAUGACGAACACAAGACUGACAUGAUUUCCUUUGUAUAUUUGGUGAUCGUUCUGUCAAAUAUGUACAUAUAGUCUCGGUUCAGGCUUGGCGGGAGACUUGAUCAGCUGAAUAAGACUGGAAGCGCAAACUUUCACUUACCCACAUUUGUUGAUUAUUUAAAAAAAAAAAAAAAAAAAGAGAGGGAAUCAAAUCAAUGUAAAAGUUUUGUUUUGUAUUUGCACUUUGCACCAAUCACAUAUCAUUAUUUAUUAGCUUGGUUCUUUCUGGUCGGCUGCCAUUUCGUUUAGGUCCAUUUUCCUACGGGAUAAUUUGUGCAUUGAUGUUUGUAUUUAAAACGUUGAGCUCAUGUGUGAUUAUAAGUUUUACAACCUCACAGUUGUAAGCAAUAUCAUGAUUCUGUAGCUGAUAGAGGCAGGGCGGAGGGCGGAGAGAGAGGAUGAAAUGUGAGAUGUACCGUAUGUGUGAAGCCAUCUUGAUCAAAUGCGCACAUGCACAUACUCUAUCGACAGGUUCAACUUACGUAUCCAAAAAAAGGUUAAAUAUUUUUGGAUCUAUGAAACCCUAAAAAAAAAACUAUUGUAUUCAUGUUUUAUUGCAAAGAUGUAAAAUAUGACGUGUGAGUUGGAAAAAAAAUCAUGAUAAGAAAAUAAAAUAUGCAAAGAA